AUGGAAGAUAUUCAAGUAGAAGCGUAUCCAGAGCUAUCUUACAAGGAUCUCAGGCAUAUAAAGAAUAUUGGUUCGGGAUCCUUCGGCAGGGUCACUCUUGCACAGCACAUUGACACAGGAAAGUACUACGCCGUGAAGGCAAUGUCCAAGCGGAAGAUUAUUGCCCUUCGGCAGGUUGCUCACAUUAACAACGAGUGUAGUAUCUUGCGUGUCGUGAGGUCUCCGUUUAUCAUUAGGCAGUAUGGAACCUAUCAGGACGACAAGAAUGUAUACAUCAUCCUGGACUUCAUCCAGGGCGGCGAGCUUUUCUAUCACCUACGCAGAUAUAACAAAUUUCCACUCCAAGUUGUUAAGUUCUUUGCCGUCGAGAUCCUCCUGGCAUUGGGGUAUUUACAUAAUCUGGGCAUCGCCUAUCGUGAUCUGAAGCUAGAGAACGUCCUCGUUGACAACACAGGCCAUAUAAAGCUUGCUGAUCUGGGGUUUGCUAAGCGCCUGGUCGAGAAGAAUGCAGACGGGGAUACGGUGUCCCAACUUACUUUCAGUAUCGUGGGCACCCCAGAAUACUUGGCCCCCGAAAUUAUCCGAUCGACCGGGCACGAUAUGUCUGCAGAUUGGUGGGCCUUCGGCGUCCUCAUAUAUGAGAUGCUAACAGGGUCUCCGCCCUUCUUCGAUGACAAUCCUGAUAUGACCUGUAAGAAGAUCCUUGGGGGAAAGAUAACUUUUGCAAGUGGGUUUGACAAGGCAGCGAAGGACCUGAUUAUCCGCUUACUCAACCCUGACAAAACAAGGAGAUUGGGGGCAUCUAUAAACAACGGCACGGCAGACAUUAUGAAGCACGCAUUCUUCUCAGGGGUCAAUUGGUCUUGGUUUGAGAAAAAAGUCGUGAAGGCCCCCAUUGUCCCUAAGCUCACAGACCCUGCCGACACCGCCAAUUAUGAAGACUAUCUAGAUGAGAAUGGUAACUUUGAAGAGGACGAGAUCGACUACGAGAAUCUAGGGAGCGAUGCGGCCGAGCUGGGCCUGGCAGAGAUACCUGGGACUCAGGAAGAAAUAGACGCCCUGUUUGUGGGAUUUAAAUAG